AUGUCCACAUUGUAUCGCCUCCAGACUGAUAGCGAUCCUUUGGACCGAAAUGAUAUUCACAUAUUGUUAGAAUGGACUUUAGCCAAAUUGGCCUGCAGUUUGAACAAACCGAAUAAACAAACUCUUGUUCCACCAGAUACAGCUAUGGUAUUGCUUCGAGCUACCCCGGUCACAAAAAUUCGUAACUUGGGAGGCAAAUUGGGAACGGCUAUCGUGAAUCGAUUUGGUAUUGAAACUCUAGGACAGUUGGCCGAGAUCAGUCUGUCCGAGUUAAUCAAGGAGUUUGGCGAUAAAACUGCGUGA